AUGUCUCUCAAAGUUUGCGUGUGCGGAGGAGGCCACGGCGGCCAUGUGAUGGCAGGCCUGGCUGCGUAUCGAGAAGGUGUCGAAGUGCGUGUCCUUACCAUGACAGGCGAUAAAGCUGAACGUUGGACGAAGGCUAUGGGGAACGCUGGCGGCAUUACUGUAGUUGUCAACAACAAAGAUGGUACACAGACCGAGAUCAAAUCGAAACCCGACAUCGUCACCAAAGAUCCUGCAGUGGCUGUAGCUGGAGCUGAUGUUGUGGUCCUAACUACAGUAGCUACUGCUUGUGCUCGAAGAAGGUACUUGCAAACCAUAAAACCCUUCAUUAAAGACGGGGCCCUGUUGCUAGCACUCCCGGGAGAACUUGGCUUCUCCCUUCAGGUUCGUGAUAUACUCGGAGAUAAGGCUGAGAACAUAAAAACUGUAUUUGCAUGUGUUAUGCCAUGGGGAUGCCGGUUUGUAGUGUUCGGUGAAAAAGCCGAAGUUCUCGCGACGAAGAAAACCUGUUCAGUAGUGUUGAGUAAAGGAACGACAUCAACCAUUGACCCUAUAUUCACAAUACAGACGCUGCUUGGAACAGAGCCUAAGGUAUGCCUUGCAAAACAUUUCCUUGAACUGGAAUUGAUACAUUUUUCGUUCAUCCAUCCCUGCAUGAUGGAGGGACAAUGGGGGGACUGGGAUGGGGAACCUGUUGAUGAACCGCCGAUUCUUUAUCCGGGCAUCACGCAAGAGGUCGCCGACUCAAUAGAGCAGUGCAGCGAAGAACGUCUAUUGCUGGCAAAAACCAUCAUGACAGUUUCACCGAAGGUUGAUCUCAACGAAGUCAAGGGGAUACAUCAAUGGUUUUUUCCGAGAACUACAGCGAAUACAUCACCGACAAACGGGACCUGUACCAUGUUUUGA